GCUCCACUGGGCUUCGGUGGAACCCGAAGGUGCCUUGAGUGCUAAGUGUCGAAGACUUACCGAUUUCUUCUCCCGAGCUGUGGAUGCAGUAUCCAGCGGGGAGCACGUGAGCUUGCCAGUGGAUUUGCAGAAACCUGCGGAGGAGGCUGCGACGAAUACUGAAACAGCAUGGGGCAUCCUCACCCGACGACAGGAGCAGUGGUUCGCUUGGGCGAUGCAAGAGCAACUGCAGAUGUCAUCCCAUCUUAAUUUCAGGGAGUUGUCGGAGAUCAUAUGUGAAAUGCCUAUGACGCCCCUGGCCAAGCUGACCUUGUUGAGCAAAGCACCUGACCUGGGGGACCACAUGGAUGAGAUCCCUGAGCUGGUAGACCUUCGGCUUCUGAAGUUUCAUGAAUGGAAACUACUCGAAAGUUUCUUACCCAAACUGAGACCGCUCGCUGUCAAUGCAGCGGUGGACAGUUGGUUGCUUUCGCCUGCUGAUCUUACAGCCUUGGGUCAUGGAGGCCCGAACACGAUUGGCCACUCGGAGAGUGCGGGUAUGCUGCAAGCUGUCCACUCCUGCAACCGAAGAAGGCGGCUCUUGUUAAUAAAGGUUCGGGACGGUUUCACUUUGGGACUUUUGCUCCUGGGGCAAUUCAACGCCAGCGGCAAGUUCCACAAAGAGCAUCGCGUUCGGGAGGACAGUGAAGUGCGAGAUGGCAGCAAAGUUUAUGUUUUUGGUUUGGCAUCGGCGUACCGGAGGAAGUUCGAGGCAUCUGGCAAGUUUCGGCUUUGCUUGUGCAAAGACCUUUUGCAACUGUACGAAUCAAAGGGCAAGGAGCUCACUAAGGAUGAUGUGGCGGGCAGCACUUUUGUGUAUUUGAAAGCGGAGGGACAAGACUUUGAGUUUGUGAAAGGAGAUGGCAAGGGACGGAAAGGGAAGAGAGCUAAGGCAGGAAAGCAUGCAAGACGCUCCAACUGGCUUGACCUCCCAAAACUUCUGCAACAAUAA